CAGUCUGCUCUGUUCAAUUUCCAAUCCCUGCUUCUCGUCAUCCUUCUGUUCAUCUGCACCUGCACCUACGUCCGCGCGGUAGCUCCACGACUCGUUGACAGAAACAAGCACGGGUUCCCUGGAUUACUCUUCAAGUCUGCACGGAUAGGAGAACGUCUUUCACCCUAUGUCGCACUCGCAUGUAUAGCAAUGGCAGUUACAAUGCUCUCAAAAUAA